AUGCUAUCCUCUUCGCCCACGACCACCACACACAAUUCGCUCAUGUUUGAGCUGGAUGAUGAGCACUCAAAUCUAAGCACAGCAGCAUCUCCCAAUGCCCAUGAAUUUCUGAAUUUCUCUCGCAGGAUCACAGAGCGAUCAUUAAAGAAGCCAGUAGAUGCGCAAGUAGGUAUUGCCUACGGAAAAGACCUGCUCUUUUCCCAACGCAACAGGCCUUUGAAAAAUGCCGUCAAAAUAUCAUCGCCACUUGUCCAUCAUGCCCUCAAUCCAGGUUCCAAACCAGCACAUGCACACGCCAUUCAUCACAAACCAGUUCCUCAUAAAAGCAUACCUAACCAGCAUCAAAAGAGCGCAUCUCAUGUAUCAGCAUUGCCAGCGCCAGCAGUACCGUUGCCACAGCAAUCACCCAUGACUACAAUCAAGAGCAAAAGCAAUGCAUUAGAGGAGCUAGUGGCGGAUGUCCUGAAUUACAUUGAUUCUUGUCCUGAUCAAUCAGCGUACUCUUAUGACCUUGCAAAACUAAAGCCCAAAUUGGAGGCAAUUAGCAGCGGUAAAACACAAUCAUGA